GUGCGAAUUUCGUAUUUGUGAGACCAGCCGGUGAGUUCUGACCGAGCGGCGAGAUCCAGUAAGAUGAUGGAUGCACUGUCAGUAGUGUCUCAGCUGAGGGACCUGGCAUCCGAGCCUCAGAAUCGGGAGGCUAUAGUCCGGGACCAGGGCUGCUUGCCAGGGCUUGUGCUGUUCCUGGACCACAAAGAUCCUCAAGUAGUUUUCACCACUCUGCAGACCAUGAGGUACCUGGCAGAAUCAUCUCAAAACAUUAAUACCAUGAAGAACGAGCUCGGCAUGAUGGUGACCCUGGAGGCACUGAUGGAAAAUAGUGGGCUGAGUGGUGACAUAACAGAUCUUGCUAUAGAGGUACAUGGAGUAUUGAGUGCUCCAGAAACUUACAGAACUCCAGAGCAGCCGAGGAGUAGGAAUAAACCUCAGUUCUUCAUCAACAGUUCCAAUAAAAAGGCCAAAUCAGUCACUCUGCAUAUACAGGGUUUGGAUGGGACAGACCAGAGAGGAGUGUGUGAGGAGGCUCUUUUGAAAGUUAAAGGAGUGAUCAGCUUCACAUUUCAGAUGGCUCUAAAAAGAUGCACAGUGCGUGUGCGUGCAGACCUGCCCACUGAGAGUCUUGCCUCAGCCAUUGCUGCCACUAAAGUGCUUUCAGCACAGCAGGUAGUGAAGAAUGAGAGUGGUGAGGAGGUUCUCAUCCCUUUCAGCACCAUGGGAAUAAAGGUAGAGGAGAAUUCCCACCUACCAGAAUACCUUCCAGAAGAUGAGAGUCCUGAAAAGGAGACAGAUCGUGCUGUCUCUCGUACUACUGCCAAACAGGACUCUAGUGGAAGCUGGUUAAACACAGCUGCCAGCUUUCUCACUAAAACCUUUUACUGGUGAAGGCUGUGGUACAGUUGUAUGUAAAUCUCAAAACAACAACUGGGGGAUAUUUAACAAAGCAGGAUUUCCAAGUUAGCCAGAUAACUUGAAUAACAUGAAUGUCAAGCCUGUUUAAUAGGAGGAGAUCCUUUUGAACUACCGUCAACUUCUGGAUUAAGUUAUGCUGUUUUUAAGCAUAACUUGGAACACAAACUUUUGCUUAUCAAGCUUGAAUGCUUGUCAGUCACCAGUAGCAAGUAGUUGCAUGUUAUGCUGGUUUUAAGCAUAACUUAAUUGCCUCUGUAGACAGUAUAGAAUGACCUGUUUGAUGACUGAACAAGAUACCAAGCAGCUCUAGUGUAGUGCAGAUCACUUCAAAUGAUACCCACCCACCACUAUAAUAAAUACAAAGCCUCACUGUAAUAGUCAUCUCUAACAUACUUCUUGAAUGGUUUUGGAAAUUUCUUUUUACACCUCUGCUCAUGAAAGGGGAAUUACAAUGAUUUUUCAAAAUUGGAGCAUAACUCAAUUACUGAGAUGUAAACAAAGUCAGAGUGGUUUGACAUGAAAUGGUUUGUUGUAGAGAAACUUGCCAACUCAGAUUUUUUUAGGAACCAGGGGUCACAAUUACAGCUAUUUUUAUAGUAUCCAAAAACGCAAGUGAACCAACACGUCUUCUUAGGUUUUAUAUGUAAAUAUUUAUAAUGGAGAAGGUAAAUAAAUCGGGGGGGAAAAUCUUGAGGGACUGUUCUGCCUCACAAUGCACUGCUUACACCUCUGGCUUAUCAAAAACACAUUUGAGGCCAAACCCUUCUCAAAAACUAUUAUAAAACAAUGUCUCAGACAUAUUUAUAGCUAUUUAAUGUGAUGGACCAUUUCUCUAGAAUGGAGCAUUGCACAUCAAACCGCUCAGAAUGACUUGGUUCACAUCUUAACAAUUUAAGCAGAAAUUCUCUUUAAACAUCUCAGGUGUUCUGAUUUUUUGCUGUCUUGUGCUUCAGUUUGUCUUUGUAUAUAUGAAAUUGUGCUUUACUCCUAGAUCAGCUGUGUUUAUAUGAGCAAUAUUAUUUUAAGUGAAAGAGUUUAUUCUGUCUCAAAAAGAUUUGUUCCUAAUAAAGUACAUGUGAAGGAUAUUUCAGGACUUCUAGGAUUUUGUUUUAUAACUCUGGCCCUGGAAGGUUUCUCUCUUUCUUUUUUCUCUAGGUAUCAACAUGGACUUUUGUUUCUAGCAAUAUCUGAGCUCAGGACUAGCUUAUUCUCUAACCUAAUUGUAACUAGCAGAGAUACUUUCUCUGAGUAGACAACAAAGCACUUUUUAAAAGUCGCUCUGGAUAAGAGCAUCUGCUAAAUGCAGUAUAUGUAAAUGUAAAUGGAAGGUCACAGGA